AUGAUCUCUACCGCUCGGAUCCUACAACGACGUGCGCUUGCAACUGCUCCUAGAGGGGCCACGAGGGAAUUCGCAAGUUGUGCCACGGCAAGGUUGAAGCCCCACGCUAGCGGCGUGAUACGGGUUCGAGAGGUCCCCGAAAUUGGGGUUGCAGGGUCGCCGCCGGUAUCAGUGUCUGGGGCGUUACCAUCAGGGCUGCGGGAGAGCGAGACCAACAGGCUGGAGAGGAUCAGGAAUGCGAAGCCAUUCUCCGAGUUUCUGACGGACGGGUUUGGACGCAGGCAUACGUAUUUGAGGAUCUCCGUUACGGAGAGAUGCAACCUCCGAUGUACGGUCCCGCCGUUCUUUACAAAAACGUUCCCGACUUGCUGAUUUCUGGGGGUGGGGGACCUUAUCUGUGAAAAAUAGGUGUCUAUUGUAUGCCCGCUGAGGGUGUCCCGCUCUCGCCGCCCGCACACUUACUCUCCACUCCGGAGAUUUUGGAGAUCGCGAGGUUGUUUGUGAAUCAGGGGGUUACAAAGAUUCGAUUGACUGGUGGUGAGCCGACUGUGCGGAAGGAUAUUGUUGAGCUGGUUGAGGAGUUGGGGAAGCUGCGGAGCAUUGGGCUGAGGGAGCUUGCUAUCACUAGUAAUGGGAUUGCCCUGCAUAGGAAGUUGCAGAGGAUGGUUGAUGCGGGGCUUACGGGGCUGAACCUGAGUUUGGACACACUUGAUCCGUUUCAAUUUCAGAUUAUGACGAGACGGAAAGGUGCCUUCGCUUCCGCAGAUAACUCACUGGGUAGGAGGCUGACGUGAUGUUUGCGGUAGGACUGGAAACCGUCUUGAAAACUAUUGAUACAGCACUGGACAUGGGUUUCGGCGAAGAGGGCAGUGGGAAGGUGUUAAAGAUCAAUUCUGUCGUGAUGAAGGGUGUGAACGACCAUGAGAUUGUGGACUUUGUAGAAAUGACCCGAGACAAGCCCAUUGAGGUCCGGUUCAUUGAGUACAUGCCUUUUGACGUGAGUCGACCCCCACACUUCCUCACAGCAAAUUUUGACUAACCCCUCCUUUCUCCUCCAGGGCAACAAAUGGAGCAGAAACAAAAUGGUCUCAUACAACGAUAUGGUAAACCGGAUCAAGGAAACGUACCCAACCCUUCAGAAGCUCCGCUCCCAGAGACCAAAUGACACAUCGAAAACCUGGGGCGUCCCAGGCUUCCGUGGAAGGGUCGGCUUCAUCACCAGUAUGACACAUAACUUUUGUGGGAGCUGCAACCGACUGCGCAUAACUGGCGACGGGAACUUGAAGGUGUGCCUAUUUGGCGAGGCUGAGGUCAGUCUCCGGGACAUGAUGCGGAAGUACCGCGGUAGGGACCUGGAAGCCGGCGGUGUCGGGGAGGCAGCGGGCGGGAGGGAAGAGAUGGAAAGCGAGCUACUGCAAGUGAUCGGCAAGGCUGUUGGGAACAAGAAGGAGAAACACGCUGGCAUGGGUGAGCUGGAGAACAUGAAGAAUCGACCAAUGAUAUUGAUCGGUGGGUAG